AGGGUGAUUCCUACUUCAGGAAGGAUUGUUUGCCCCUCUGACUAUAAAAAUUUGAAGUUGCUGACACUGUGGCUGCAGUUUACUCACGUGAUACCAACCAAACACUAGUAUUUGGAGAAACACUUUGAUAGGUACAGUUCCUCACCCAGGAUGCCUUUCAAAGCUGGAUUAGAACUGACUGAAUUGCAGAAUAUGACUGUGCCUGAAGAUGAUAACAUCAGCAAUGAUUCAAAUGAUUUCACAGAGGUGGAAAAUGGCCAGAUAAAUAGCAAGUUUAUUUCGGAUCGAGAAAGCAGACGAAGUCUCACAAACAGCCACCUGGAGAAGAAAAAAUGCGAUGAAUAUAUCCCAGGAACUACUUCACUGGGGAUGUCCGUCUUCAACCUCAGCAAUGCAAUCAUGGGCAGUGGUAUUUUGGGUCUCGCUUUUGCCUUGGCCAACACAGGAAUUCUCCUUUUUCUGCUGCUUUUGGUUUCAGUGACGCUGCUGUCUAUUUAUUCAAUAUAUCUCCUGUUGGUGUGUUCAAAAGAAACAGGCUGCAUGGUGUAUGAAAAGCUGGGUGAGCAGGUCUUUGGUACCCCAGGGAAAAUGAUUGUCUUUGGAUCUACAUCUCUCCAGAACGUCGGAGCAAUGUUGAGCUAUCUCUUCAUAGUCAAAAAUGAGCUGCCUUCUGCCAUAAAGUUUCUAAUGGGAAAAGAAGAAUCUUUUUCGGCAUGGUAUGUGGAUGGGCGGAUUCUUGUUGUCACAGUGACGUUUGGUAUAAUCCUCCCUUUAUGUCUCCUUAAGAACUUAGGGUAUCUUGGCUAUACCAGUGGAUUUUCAUUAAGCUGCAUGGUAUUCUUCCUGGUAGUGGUUAUUUACAAGAAGUUUCAAAUUCCCUGUGGUGGAUCGGAGCUAAAUGCAACAUCAUCUAUUCUGUCAAAUAGCUCAGCACAUGAACAUAUGUGUAAGCCAAAGUAUGUUAUCUUUAAUUCCAAGACUGUGUACGCUCUGCCCACCAUUGCUUUUGCAUUUGUGUGCCAUCCAUCAGUCCUCCCGAUUUACAGCGAACUUAAAGACCGUUCACAGAAAAAAAUGCAGUUGGUUUCAAAUAUCUCAUUUUUUGCCAUGUUUGUGAUGUACUUUAUGACUGCCAUAUUUGGGUAUUUGACUUUCUACGACAAUGUGCAGUCAGAUCUUCUUCACAAGUACCAGAGCAAAGAUGACAUCCUCAUCCUGACCGUGCGCUUGGCUGUGAUUGUUGCGGUGAUACUCACGGUGCCGGUGCUGUUUUUCACUGUGCGUUCAUCAUUAUUUGAGCUGGCUAGAAAAACAAAAUUUGACUUAUGCCGUCAUGUUUUGGUUACUUUUGUUCUUUUGGUUAUCAUCAACCUGUUAGUCAUUUUUAUCCCAACCAUGAAGGAUAUUUUCGGAGUCGUAGGUGUCACUUCUGCCAAUAUGCUGAUUUUCAUUCUUCCUUCAUCGUUGUAUUUAAAAAUCACACAGCAGGAUGGAUCAAAGUUGACUCAGAGGAUUUGGGCUUCUCUUUUCUUGGCAUUGGGGAUAAUGUUUUCCUUAGUGAGCAUUCCCUUGGUCAUCUAUGACUGGGUACAAUCAGGAGGCAGUGCUGAAGGCCACUGAAGUUCACCUCCUUCUGAAGACACCCCUGUUUGCUACACACCAAAAUCACAACCAUCUGUUCUCUUAUCUAUUCCAUCUUUUGUGAGUUUACUCAAAUCAAAUCCAAAUAAUGAUUAUCCAGUACUGAAAAUACUGUUAUGGGUGUAUUUUCUUGCAGAAAACAGACCCAUUUUUCUAACAGGCAUAUCACUCUGCCCCCAGUACUGAGUUAUCAGAUCAGCACUAAGUCUGUGUUAAUUGUCUGUGAGACUAUCUAGAAUGUUGUUCAUAGAAAUUCAUCACAAUUAAUUUGUUUCCCCUCUUCCACCCAUGAAUUACAUUGUUCUGUUAUUAUCCUUAGCCCUUCAACCAUAAGCUCCGCUCCUUUAGGGCAGCAGCGCCUGUUGUUAUCAAUACCAACUCGAGAGAUGUCAGUUCACACCCUUCCCCACCCCUGUCUUUUAGCCAAAACUCUGCUCUCCAAUUGUACACAUCUGGUUUGGUUUUUGUUCUGUUGCUGUUUUGUGCACCAUUUCCUCACUGGGUUAAGCGUACCACUCUGGAUACAGUCACAAAAGGCACCAUGAACAUAAAUGAGUGUUGUAUAAGCGUAGGUCCUAAAUCUGGUACUUCUCUGUAGUGUUCUGGUGGAUGAGUUAGUUUUAGGGCUUGGCCUUUUUGUGGCUUCGGGUGUAGACCCAUGUGUGUGUGUGUGUGUGUGUCUUUGUGAAGAGGUGCAGGGGGAGGACAGCCUCCACCAUCAGCCACCGUUCCCCUGGCACACUUCAGCUGGACCCUGACCAGAACUGGAUCCCAGACCACGAGUACUUGAGUCUGAAGAGCUGCAGACGCUUGGAGAUUUCCAUAGGAAGUCUGCAUUUUCUUCAGCAUUAAACUGUUUACUUAUGCCCCACUUCUCUCAGAAAAAAAAAAAACAAAAACAAGCUCCAGUUUGAUUAAAACCUAGACAUAUAAUAAUCCCUCAUGUCUUUUCCAUUCUGGGAUUCAUUUGUACAUACCUUCUAGAGGCUGGCUCCUUUCUUGCAUCUUACGCUCCUCCCACUGAAGUCAGCGGGUUUUGGCAGCAGAAGAAGCAGGAUUCGACUCACCCUGCCAAACUACUGGAUUUCUAAUGGAAAUUGAAAUCUGUAACAUUUCUUUAAACAGAAACACUUUUUAUAUUUAAAAUGUUUCAUUUACAUUUCUCAUCCAUUCUCCAUAAAAGACAUCUAAUUACUACUAGCAGAAACACUGUAACUUGCACCUGUUGUCCACAAAAUAAGCAUUUGCCUAUUGCCUUAUAGCUGGUGAGAACUACUUGUAGAGACUCAAAACGCUAAGCAGGUGAUUGCUAAUCAUCCUGAGCAGACAUCUUCUAUUAGUGCACUGCCAGCAGCAUAAACAUGUUCACUUUGUGUCAUUCACUCAAAAGUGUCUCAGACCUGGCUCCCAUUGAAAGAACCAAUGGCUAAAGGGAGGCCCGCAUCACACCCAAGGGUUGAGUGAUGCCCUCGGUACGCUCGAGCCAUUCCUGUCAGUAUGCAGUGACCCUCUUGUUCCCAGUAGCUGGUUCAUUUCUGACUCCCAUUGUAACUGUGGAAGGAGACUGUCAUCAGCUGUGUGGAACCUGUCAUUGCAGCUUGCUCUUUUUAAGGUUAGGGUUGUAGAAUUCAGAACUUGAGAUUUCUGUGAGCUGUUGAAUAGCCUCAAUUGCCAUUGCCUUGUCCUGCAUGGCUUGAAGUCACUGAGAGUUGAGACCACAGAGCACUUCUCAGGACCUUGAAAGUUGGUUUCUACAGGUAACAUCCAGAGAGGUUAAUUUGGGGCCUUCCUUGGAAUUUGGGCAUCAAGAUGCAGUGUUCAUGCUGCAGAAAGUAAGCCUGUUAAACCCAGACUUCUAGAUCUGUACCUCAGCCUAGGCAGUAAGGUACCCAGCUCUGCUCAUACUCCACCAGGAUCCAGAAAUAAGGCAGAGUGGACACCGCAGGCUGCCCAAGUCCUUGGAGUAGCCCAGCAGCAAGAAUGAAAUUGGAAGGCUCCUCACUCUGGGCAAGGUGACCUGCUAGACUCCAGUGCAGGGUUUCCUUACUGUCUUUUUCCUGGCCCCUCAGACCUUCACUCACAGGCUCCGAGCAAGGUCUCCGGUGUGGUGUCCUGCCCCCCAAGCACCCCUCAGCCCAGUAUUUAAGGCACGAACUGCUGAGCUACCCAGGACCCCUGGGCUAAGGUCAUGUGUGCUCUCCUGCAACUUGUCUCAAACCUUUGCUGCAGUGGUGUAGGUCACCAGUUCUCUGCGCUGUCUCUUUACAAGACUGAUCCCUGCCUCUAUUCACAGAGAAGUCCAUACCAUAACUUACAAGCCCGGGUGUUGGUCAGGCUCUGAAGAGAAGAACCUAUGCUUGGUUCCUAUCUCCUCACAGCACAUUCCAGGCAUCUUCCCAGCUCGGGAUGUAAGUUUGUGGCACCUCUUUUGCAGGCACCCAACCCUCCUGCAGCACUGCAGCAGGAGCCCAGCAUAUCAUUCCAUUCUCUGACUCAGCUUGAUGGGGUCACAUUUUCAGGUGCCUUAUAAUCUCUCUGGAUCUUAUUCUAAAAAAACCUAACUCACACCUGAGAACACUGUAGUGUUAUCCUCAGGAUGCUCCAGGGCUCUCCUGCUUUCCUUCCUCCUUUAUCCUUCUACUACUGAUUUGUGAGCAGUGCAGCUCUGUGCAUUGUGAGGUUGUGAGAGAGGAGAUCCUGUGAGCAACUUUCAAGGGACAAAGUAUGAGCUAGAGGUCUGAUCUGCUGCACAGGGUCUCAGCAAGGUCACAACUGCGACACCUCCCUCCCCAACCUGCGCCACCCCCACCCCUGCCCCCAUAGUCUGCAGUCUCAUGUUUGAAAUACCAACCACUGAGUUUUGGCACCCAGCUUCCUUCGACUUGAAGGGCUGUUGAAUGACUGAUUGCUCCUUGCAUCUUCCCAGAUAUCUUCCAUUACUACCCAUCUGACUCCUCUUUGCUAUUCUGCUUUCUUUUUCCCAAUUUAUUUGUAUUCUGGAGUUUUACUGGAUAAAUAGGGAGAAGAAUGAGCUGGGUGUGUGCAUAGAGUGAAGUUACCCAAUGUAGUGGACCAUCAAAGCAUAUCUUAGAUACUAAAAAAUAGAUACCCAAAAUACUGAGUCUUUAAACAGACUUUAUUUCUGGGUCUCUGAAAAAAAAAGAGGGAAUUUUGCUUAGACUGAUUUACUGGCAUCAUAUUUAUAGAUAUUUAUGGAAAGGAAUCAUGUGUUUAUUGAUGUCUGUGGUAAUGAACGUGAAAUAACGUGCUUUUUGUUUUCUCAUCAGGUUUAUACAUUCUUAACAGAAUGCAAUAGACCCUGCUGUAACUGUCAACAUCAGUGAUGGAUGACAAUAUUUGUAUGAGGUUAUCUGUAAAAUGUACUGCUGUUAUUCAGUUCAUUUGGAAUAGUGAACUUGUAGCCAACAAUGUACGAGUCCCACAUUGUAGCUAGGAUUUUAAGAGCACAGUGAAAUGCUGUAGGAGUUUCUCUGUUGUUAAAUUAAUAGGAUCCAGAGUACCGUAUCUACUUAGUAGGUGGUAGCAUGCUUUCUUUUCAUAGAGAGUUUUAUCACUAUUGUGAGCACUGCAAAUGUCAGACUGGAUGCAAAAUUGCUCCUAAUAACUACAACAAAAUACUUUAAAAUUCUUAUUUGCAUAAUAGCAACAAUAGAUUGGUGAGGGACAAGGAAGGACUAAUUAGAAGCAGGACCUCCUAAUAAGAUUGUAGGAGUUAAUCCUACACUUAAAAGACAACCUUGCUGCCUCUCCUAGUCCACAGCAUAUUGCAAAGAAAAUAGUCAUGAGCUUAAAGUACUCUUACAGUUGCAGAAUACAGCUGCCCUUCUCUGUCCAAUGGCAAACACGCCUAGUAAGUAAAACACAGUGAAUUCUUAUUUGGGAACAGUAUCUCAGGAGCAGUGACCUCUCUGGGUGACGCUUGCUCCUGGUCAGAGGGCCAAUGCCAAAUCCGUGACCGGUGCAGACACUUUGUAGGGCUGACAGGGACUGAGCAGUGCCUGGCCCAUGUGCAAGCCCAGGGCAUAAUGGCCAGUCUCAUCCUGCGAGGUCAGGGGAUGGGCAUCCCCAUCUGCUCCCGAGGGCUGCUUUCCUGAGCCACAUACUGACCCAUAGCUUGUGCUCCACUUGCAAUAGGUCCCACAUGCAAAUGCAGGUUGGGUAAUAAAUGGGUUGUCUGUACAUCUGCCUUACAAUGAAUAAGCACCACAGCUCUCUGAUAGUAACAAUGGUAUCUCUAGCUUAUCUUUAAAUAAAUACAUUUCUUUGCUUGAACCUUACAUUAAGGCUAAAGAGCAUCUUGGUCAAAAUAAAACUUUCCAUGUGGUGGUGUCCUACCGUCCUCCUCCAGUGCCUGUAGGAGAAAGGCACAGCAGAAUGUACUCAGCUCCAUCAGCAGCUCCACAAGAUGGCUUUAUUGACUGGCACCAGGGUGCUCUCUUAAACAAUUCCCCAGAGCCCUUGAUGUCAGGAAAAUGCUUAGUUCCUAUAAUUUACACAAAGAAUGUUUUAUUUGUAUCUAAUAUAACGAUUUCUGUAACAAACUGUGAAAAAAAAAAAAAAACAAAAAAAAGAGAAUGAAUUAAUAAAAAGUACAGGGCUGGAAAGGUCUAGAAUUCACAAAUUGUACACAUGCCUAUGUUUCUGAAGACAAAUCUAUGCAGUUGUGUUGUAUUGUAGGAAAUUUCAUUUUUAUGUACAUAUAUAUAUUGUAAAUAAAUAGGAUGCUGUAUAUUUUUGCAGUUGUUUAUCCCCUAUGAUAUAGAAGUGUUAGAUAGGCUCUGCAUAUUAAGAAUAAUUUUAAUAGAAAUACAAAUACUUUAGCUUCUGACUUAGCAAAAUGUAUAUCCUUCCCUUUCUCCCAAGAGUUCACAAGUUUAAUCCUAAACUUGAAAUUAUAAGUACAUUGCUAAUGUAACAA